CUGGGUUGCGCGCCUUCAGCCGCACUGCAAUGACUCGGCUUGUAUAACGUAGGACAAGGUUCCAACGGCCAGGCGGAUCCCAUCUGCCUGAUAUGAGUGCGCCGCUCCCGGCCUUGCAGCAUGGGAGAAAAUUCGCAUGCAGUUCCGAUCUGCUCGAGAUCUCAUCCAGUCCUGGGUACAGUCACGGCGAACAAGGCAUCCCUUGCGUCCAUGACUGUUGAUACGGGGUGAUGUUGAGCAAGGCAAAAAAGGGGGGGCGCAUAACUUUGUUUUGACAACCACUAGACCGAAGGGGGAGGACCCUUCGCUCGGCACCACGGCUGCGCAGCCGUUUGAGAGAUGCAGCAACCCUACGUUCACCCGCGAGACGACCGAGCCGCAUACGAGUACACGGCACAGGCGACAGAAGACCGCUAUGAAGUGGCCUUGCAUGGUCCCCAACCGGGGAGCAAGUCCCCCGUAUGGAUCAAGGCAAAUAAUACACCAAACUACAAACCGAAGCCCUUACGAUGGCAAUUCAUCACUACCGUUAUCGUGCUACUGAUCAUCGCCCUCGCCCUCGUCAUUAUCGCCGAGAAGCAGAUGCCGGGCUCAGACAACAGCGCCAGCAUCCUUGGCCUCCAUCCCAAUGCCACGCAGCCCCUUCGGUUCGCUCGUCAGGUCACCGUCAACACAUCUGAGUCUACGGUUUCCGGCGCCACGACGACGGUGGCCACGGCUCUCUCAACAACUCCCACUCUGAUAUCAUCCAGCAACCUCCCAAGCAGCGGCGUUCCGAGUUCCGGAGAGGAGGUGGUGGAUCUGGUCCAAUCCACACCGCUACUUACAUCGACGGCAACAAUGAGCCUCACCGCUUCUGCCUCGAGCCUGGUGGGCAGCACGGGCGCGCCGUCUACACUCCGGACAGCAGGCUCCAGCGACUCAACAGUCAGUCUUCCAAGCGGUGCCUCGGUUAUCCCGGUCUCUACCUCCGUCUCCACCUUCACCACCAGCAUCACCGUAUCCGUAACGACAGAGACCUGGUCCAGCGAAUUCACGACAGUCAGUACAAGCUUCUUUACUACUGUGUCGACAGUCAGUUCCACGUUUACAGCUACCGUGACAACUCCCUUGGCGACAGCCUUUCCCGAAUCAACAUGGUCAUCCGAUGGCAGCCAAGGCACCAUCGCUCCCUCAACUGGAUUUUCCGAUGUUGUCCAGACCACAACAGCGGCUUUUGCUGUGCCAACCACAAUCACGGGUGCAACGACCUUCACUACAAUUGGAACCGCUUUCGGAACAAACACACUCACUGGUGUCGUCAUUCCCAGCGUAGGAGAGGUCACCAUAACUUAUUACAGCACCAUCUUGCCAUCAACCCCUGACCAACCGAUAACUCAGCAGCCGGACCCUGUGGGGUUUACCGGGGUGGAAGUUAUUGGCGACGAUAUCGUAACGUUUGUGCACACGGAAGCACCCGUUGUACUUGUCGUUCCUUCAGAAGACGCCCAGACUCGGGUUAUUGAGCAGCAGAUCACCACAGGAGUCACGGAGGUCGGGGGGUCUGUCGUCACGCAGACCGUGGUCAUUACGCCUUCGCCGGGCGUCUUUGUUCCUGUGGUCACGCUGGAAGGGGGAGUCCUGACAACAGUUGCCGACAUGGUGGGAGGACAAGUUGGACAGCCCCUUACUUACACAGCUGUGAACAACGUCGGGGGCACGCCAGUUACCCAGGUCGUUGUCACGACACCUGCGGGGCCGCCGUUCCAACCCAUCACGUACACGGUCGUCCAGGACGUAGGAGGAACCCUGGUAACCGAUGUUGUCGUCACCACACCGACGGGGGCUCCUGGUCAGCCCAUCACUUUUACCGCCGUCGACAUUGUCGGGGGAACGCCAGUCACGCAGGUGCUGGUUACGACACCAACCGGCGCUCCGUUCCAGCCAGUGACCCUCACAGUUGCCACCAAUAUCGGCGGUACCGAGUCCGUUGUCACUUUCACGCCGCCACCAACAACGCUUGUAGAAACCAUUGACGGGACCCCUGUUACCAUCAUUAGCAACCCUCCACUGACCAGCUUCACCACGACAAUCGGGGGAACACCCGGGAAGCAUACCUUGGUGACAACACCAACUGGCACAGAACCCAUUACCUUGACAUUCGUGUCGACGUCCGGAGCCACGCUCAGCACCUUUACGAGCACCAUACCCCCGACCACGUACACCACGACCCGGUCAGGAAUUUCCAAAACCAUUACGUCAACCCCUUCACCCAGUACAAGCCUUUCCACUAAGCAUGGGACGACGAGAACAUUCACCUCCACGUCCACGCCAACUCUCUCCGCGACGGCGAGCAACCCUCCAGCGCCUUCAGCCACCGGAACAACCAGGGUCUUCCGGUGGACCGAGGCCGACAUUUUCGUAGGCACCUUCCUACCCCCACUUCUCGGUGUCGGGCUCGUCAUCCCGCUGCGUAUCAUCGACCUAAACGCGAAGCUGUAUCAACCCUUCCAAACCCUCGCCGGGGCCGCGGCCGGCGGUGGUAGGUCGGGCGCCGAGACGCUGCUGAUGCAGUACAGUGGACUGAUGGCCUUUGUCACGCCCGUCGUAACCAUGCUGCAGGGCCAUCCCAUCCCCUUUUUGACAACGAUCAUGGUCGGGUUCGCCUCGCUCAUGGUGCCGCUGGCCACCGAAGCCGUCGGCCUCAAAUUGCACGGCCAGUGCUACCAGAACACGGCCAGCCCGACAACGUGCGCGCCCGCAUUGGGCGUCAGCCCGGUCCCCGCACACGCGCUGAUGGGACUGAUGGCGGCCGUGAUCGUGCUGCUCGUGCUGGUCCUCCUGCUCAUGAGCCGCUGGACGACGGGUGUGUUCGCCAAUCCGUGGAACAUUGCCGGCAUUGCCUCCCUCGCCGGCAAUCCCCAGGUGCACAUCCAGCAAAACAGCGAGCGGGCGAUGCGCCGCGCCGUGGCGACCAAGCAGUACGGGCUGGGGUACUUCCAGAACGCGGCCACGGGGAGGGAGGAGUACGGGAUUGUGUUGACCGACGAAGCGGGGAGGGGUCUGCAGGACCAGGAUGAGGCCCGGCUGCGCGAAGCCGACAGCGAGUCGGAGCUCUUGGAGGCGAAUGAGGCGGUGGCCAAUGGCGGAUCGUUGAGCCAGCACCUGCCCUUCAUGACGCUGCGCCUCCCCUGGCGGAUUAGUUUCGUCGUGUUCCAGCUGGCCGUCAUGGUGUUUGUUAUUGUCUACCACACCUACUACCGCGGUGGCAUUCGCGACAACGGGCGGCUCUGGCGGUUCAUGAACGCCAACACGUUUGGCGUCCGCUUCGUUGCCGCCAUCGUAGGCGUCAUCAUCGCCUUUUGCUGGCAGUCCUUCUUCCUCAGCGUCAGCGUAAUGGUCCCCUACACGCUCAUGGCCCAGCGGACACAGCCAGCCUCCCGCUCAAUCCUCUUCACCCCGAGCACCAACCCAUUUUCAGGCCUCUACUCCGCCAUCAAGCACCGACACUUAUUCCUCCUCAACGUCUCGGUCGCGGCCAUCCUUUCCGAGUUCCUGCCCGUGGUGCUGUCCAACGUGCCCUUCAACCUCGCACAAACCCGCACGGCCGCCACCGUUUGCGCCGCGCUCUCGGUCCUCUUCCUCGGCGUCAUGCUCUCGGUGCUGGCCUGGAGCUUUUUUGUUCGCUACCCGCCCAUGCCCGUCGACCCGCGCUGCAUCGCGGGCAUGCUGUACUACGUCUCGCAGAGCCCGCUAUUGCUGGAGGAGAUGGAGGGCGUGUCGGUGCUGGACGGCAAGGAGAGGGAGGCCAGGGUCGCACAGGCCGGGAGAAGGUAUUUCUAUGGCGUAUUGGCCGGCGGAUCGUGGAGGCGGUUGGGCGUCGAUUGCGAUGCUGGGCCGGGACCGGACGUCAUCACUGCGUACCAGGGGGCUCAGGGAUUGGUGGGAGAGGAUCCGGGGCUCCAGAGUGGGGAGAGGAGGACGGACGGGCAGUUAGCCAUAUAUGACUGAGUUGAUCGGGCUGGGAGAUGAAUGUGGGGACGUGGGAGGCGAGCAACUCCUUUCCGAUGUUUUGACGAGCGUUUUCAUGUUGGUCAUGAGCAGACGCCUGGCAUUUUGGGUUGGCUGUAUUUUUCUUUCAUUCUUCGUUUCCUUCCAUAAUUUCCUUGCUGGCUUUCACGUUUGCACCCUGCAUCGCGACGGUUUAUAACGGGUUCUAUUUCAAUGACUGGGCGCUGGGUGGUGGAUGGGUGGUUCAGGGUCUUGGCAGAAAUGAAUGGGCUACAUAGCACACAUGCAACAAGAGGAGGAGAAUAAAAGUACUCUAG